GUGGUAUGCUCGUUUGCUAAUUGGCUAGUUAGAUAUUUAUACUGAUGCCCAAAUAAAAGAUUCACAGUGACAUUGGGCGAUUAUUCUGUCGGCAGGAUUUAAAUUACUAAGUAAAAAGGGUUAUGACUGGACACCUACAUAUUUGGACACUACUGUGUCUACCGGGCCUGCUCGGACAACUCCUGCCCAAAGAACGUGACCAUCAAGUGGUCAAAAUACAACAGGCACUUUUGGAAUCUGUUCGCACCCCCAUUCUCUCUCUUACUGAAAGCAUUGUCCAAAACCAGUUGGAUCAGUGCAAUGCUACUGUUAGUCUACUGGAGACAAAAAUACGUGAGAUAGAAAUGCGGUUUGCCGAACUAGAGACAAGAAAGAAAGAUAUCAAGAUCGCAUUUUACACAUUCAUAUCAUUCGAAACCGCAGCUGACAUCCUCAUAUUUGACAGAGUGGUACUGAACGAAGGCGACGCGUACAACAACUCGACCGGCGUAUUCACGUGCCCAGUAAAUGGUACAUACAAGUUUACAUGGUCGGUCCAGAUCCAAAAUACGGACUGGGGUCACGUGCUUGUCGACUUCAAAUUGAACGGGUCCACUAAAGGUUUCACCAUAACAUUCGGUCCAAAGGAGCACACGAGCACGAACACUGUUAUAUUACGGUUAAAAGGUGGGGAUAGAAUAUGGCUACAGAAAAGGUCUGUGACACACAUCAGGAUUGCAGCGUAUGAAACUUCGUUUGCGGGACACUUUUUGUAUGAUUGAAUUUUUUAGAACCAACAACAUUUUCUGUGACUCUCAGUAGCAGAGACACUUUUUGUCCAAUUGAAAUUUUGGAACCACCAAGUUUUUCUGUGACUCUCAGUACCAGGGACCCUUUUGUACAAUAGAAAUUUUGGAAGCAACAGGGCUACGUGACCGAAGGGUCGCUAGUUCGAGUCCCGACACGGACGCUGUGUUGUAUCGUUGAACAAAAUACUUUACUCCGUUAUUAACUAGUCGACUUAGCUGUAAAUGAGUACGUGGUAGGGCAUGUGUGUGAGCUGUUAGUGCCGAAAUGGUAGCUCCGGCUGUAUGGUCCCCAGGGAGUUGAGAAAGACAUUGACUGGUUACUAAAGGUCCAAUAACCACGGAUUAUCAUUUGUGAACCACUGUUAUAUUAUGAUAUGCUAUUGUGAUAUAGCAGUAUAUCAAACUCUAAAUUAUUAUCAUUAUUUAUUGUCUAUGUCAGACGAUGCCAACCACCAACUAUUAGCCACGUGAAAUUUAACGUCUACACAGUAAAUGAAUUGCUGCAUAUUUAUAUUUGGUUGUCAAACAUGUUAAAGGCCCAUAUCUGUAUUAUUUUGUCAGAAUUUCCUGUUCCAGCGGAACUAGAUUCUUCAGUUAAGAUUAAAAAACUGUCUUAAUAUCACGGCUA